AUGUUGCUCUGUGCAGGAUUUGAGAAGAGAGCACAGAACUUUCCAGAAAGGUCCCCGGGUCAGCAUAGGCUGUUGUGUCAUUGUGGUGGCCAGCUGAGAGUGACACUCAUCCUACUUCGCCCUGAACACUCAUGCAGGGUAAGAAGACUCCAGAACCUUUUCUCAGGUCCGUAGCCCAAGCAGACCAUGGAAUUUCAUACCCUGAGCUCUCCCCCUCCGGUACUCUCCUCCCCUCCCUCUGCCUUCUCCACUGUGUGAGGGCCCUCUGGUGACGCCUGGCCUCCCUGCCAUCCCAGCUUUUCUCUGGUGUCUGCCUUCCUGGCACUAAUCCUGGGCAGGGAGUCUGUCCUGGGCCUGGCGGGGACCAGCCUGGCCUUCUUCAUCUUCUGCUCCCACACAAGGUCCUGGACAUCCCACAUGGUAUUUCUGGUCAGCCCAGUCAUUGCCAGCUUUCUCUUAUCAUCAGCCACCACUCGCAUGGAUUACUGCUUCCUCCAUGAGACCUGCUGGUGAGGGGCUGCUGCCUGUAAGGUCACCAUGAUCAUGAUGUCCAGCAACUGCAUGGCCAGUGUCGUCUUCCCCACAACCAUCAUGCUCAACUGCUAGGGGAAGGUGGUGUAGCACCCCAUACUGAGCCGGGCCUUGGUGGGGGCAUCCACCCAGGUGGCCGGGGCUCCUGGGGGGCAUCCUGCUCAAUGGUCAUUCUGCUUGACCACUUAUUCCAGCCACUCCUGCCUCAGCUGCAGGCUGGGCACAGCACCCUUGCCCACUCCACUGGUACCAGGCACAGUACACGCUGGAAUGCUUCCUGCUGCUGGCACACAUCCUUUGCCAUGGUGAGCCUCAGGGCUACCAUCUGGCCCCAUAGCCUGGGCAGGCAGGUGCACAGAAGGCUCUGUGCAUGCUGGCUAUGGUGGUGGCUGUCUACACCAUCUUCUUGCCCAGCAUCAUCUUUGGCACAGCUUCUGGCUGUCCACCUGCCACUCCCUGAACAUCUGCUCGAGGCUCUCCUACCGUUCCCUGACCUUCACCUUCCCAUCAGCAUCCUGGGCCCAUGCUCUACUCCUUCUCUGGUCCCACUUUCUCCACCAGAACUGGCCC